UUCAAAACGAAGAUGGCGGCUCAAAAUGUAUCUCAAAACAAUCACAAACUCGACAGAAGAGGGACAAAAUGCAGUGUGUUUAACAGCCAGGAAAAGCCAAACGCUAGCCAACCUGUGAUUUUUAACCCGGACUUCUUCGUGGAAAGACUGAGACAUGAGCAUCCACAGGCCUUCGCGGAUUUGAUACUUAGCAAUAUCACUCGGCUCAUAGACCUUCCAGGAGCUGAGUUUUCCCAGCUCACCGGAGAGUCUGAGCCCAGGGUGCCCUCCUCGAGUGGCUUUCUACGCUCCCUGAACUUCCUGAAGCGGAAAGACAAAGGAGUGGUUUUUGGUGCACCAUUAACUGAGGAAGGAAUAGCACAGAUCUAUCAGCUCAUUGAAUACCUGAGUAAAAACCUUCAAGUGGAGGGGUUGUUCCGUGUGCCAGGCCACAGCUUAAGGCAGGCAGCCCUGAGGGAGAUGUUGAACACUGGGUCAGAGAUAGAUCUAGAGACAGGCGACUUCCAUCCCAAUGAUGCAGCCACAUUGCUCAAAGCCUACCUGGGAGAGCUGCCAGAGCCUCUGCUGACACACAGACACUAUCAUGUGCACCUGAAGAUUGGAGAGCUCACUCGCUUCGAUGAUAAGGGGGAUAAGACGAACGUGCCUGACAAAGAACGCCAGAUUGAGGCCUUUCAGCUGCUUUUCAUGCUGCUCCCACCAGCCAACCGCAGCCUGUUGAAGCUGCUACUGGAUUUGCUGUACCACACCGCACGCAAUCAACACAUCAACAAGAUGUCUGCAAUUAAUCUAGCCACAAUGUUUGCUCCACACAUCAUCUGGCCCAAAAACGUGUUGGCAAGUGAUCUGCAGGGAAACAUUGAGAAACUGAAUAAUGGCAUAGCAUUCCUCAUCAGGCACUCACAGAAACUGUUCAAGGCACCUGUGUAUAUCAAAGAAUAUGCCCGCUCAUACUUCACAGGAUCAAAAUCUCUUCAAUCAAAGGAUGACUUGACGCUGUGCUCUGGGACCAAGAACGCUGUGACAGCUGCCCCCCCUUCUCCCUUCAUGAAAUCAAUUGAAAGUGAGGUCAGCAGCACGUGCACUGCCAAGUCGUCUGAGACUCAGACUUAUACUGAAACUGCCCUCAGAGAGCUGUACCAGCAGGUCAACAACAUGCCUGAGUCUGCCAAAAAGAAGAAGCUCAUCAGACAGUUUGAAAAGCAGCCUUUGCUAACACCUUCAGCUGAGUGUCGGACACCUUUCAGCAGGAAACACUGGCGCUCACGCUCUUUGGGUGGAAUGAUCAAGAGGAAGGUGUUGGGAAGCCAAGUAUUGACAGAGAAAGAAAACAGCAGCCUGCAGAGUCCUCUACACAGCAGUUCCAUUGAUGGCCAAGGAACAGAAAACACCAGCUGUGAAGAGGAUUAAUCAUCUUUAAAAGAAUGUGCUGUUGACAACUAAGGAAACAUCAGUAUAACUGUUAUGUUCGAUGCAUUAAAGGACCUUCCCGAGGCGUUGACUCAAACUAAACAGUGUAAUGCACUGUAUAGCUUUGUUGACACCAUGUUUAGAUCUGUACUCGGCUGUUUUUCGCAAAAAGUAAGUUCAAGUCUUUAAGGUUAUUGACAUAGCAAGGAAAUCACCUUGUUGUUUUGCAGUCUAGAAGUUUGACUUAAGAUAAGUGACAUAAAAGGGGUUAAUGGACAAAAGUGAGGAUCUUACAUGCUUUAUUUUAGGUCAAUGCAAUUUACCAUUUUUCUUAAGUUCUUUAUUUCUUGUCCAUUUAUGUCAUUGUUAAGGAUGCAAAUUACAUUCAUUUACACCAGUGAAUUUGUCGGUAUUUAGCUUUACAAUUGACUAAAACAUGGUUUUGUUUAAUUUGCAAGCCUAUAUUGUAUUUAUUUUAUUAUCAGUCAUCUGGAUGUUUGAAGUCCUGGAAUCCAGUGUAUCAGAUGUAAUGGUGCAAUGUGAUGUGUGGGCUUUUCUAUUGAAUUUGCUUAUAAGUUGUGGUAAGUUUAGUUAGACUCAUGCAGUCAGUGCAGACAGUUCAAGAGUUUUAUUAGAAAAUGAAUUCAUAGAUGUGCCUUAAAGUGAAUAUAUCUUAAAUUACUGUUUUUAUUUAACAUUAAGAUGUCUUCUUUUUUCCCCCUGUAAGUUCCCAAUAGCUUCUUAUAAAGAAUCCAUUCAAGUGUUAGUAAAGUAAGGGUGUAAAGACUAAAAGAGAAUGAAGAAUGGAAGAUAGGAGAUACUGAGUGGAAGGCCAAAGGACCAGCUUGUGUAGAUUAUAUAAAUAUUUAUGUCUUUGUCCCAAAAUCAGCUCAACACUUGGGUGCCAACACUGUGAUACUUUAAACUACUGUUUCUUUAAACUAUGGUUGGUUGGUUUUAAAUCUUAUGUCUUAGCUUUUCUCAGGACAGUUUUGAUUCUUAUGCAACAUUGUAAACAGUUUUAUAGCUUUAUAUGCAUCGUAUCUUUUCAGUUAUUCAACUGUUAAGUGACUUUUUUUUUAUUAUUUUCAAAGUUUUAUUGUUUAUUUUUAUCUUUUAUGUUUUCAAUGGUUAGCUGAAUGCAAAUGAAGAUGAAUCAGCUGCCUUGUUUUGUGGCAUCGUGGGUUGUCGAACCAGGUGCUUUGUGGGAGAAUUUGAGCCACUUUUAAAAUCUCCCUGUGUCUUACUAUUUCAGUAGCAGUUUCCAGUGCAGUGGUCGCUCUACCAAGCUGUUACAACUUAACUAUAAUGUGAUAACUGCCUCAUGGUCAAGUUAAUGGACCAUGUAAACUUGAUAUUGAUGUUACUGUGAAGCUUUGCAACUCACUGUAAUUAAAAGACAUCAAGCUGCGUUCUGUG